GACACGGUCAGAGUUGAAUUGGAAUGAUGAAUUUCAUCAAAAAUCCUACCGAAAAUCCUAGCCUUUGAAACAGGGGCUACGAUGAGGAUAAUUAUAAAUAUAUUGGAUGGUUACUGAAACGAACUGUAAUCCUAGUGAAAAAUCGCUGAAGGUAGCCACAACAUGGAAGAGGAAAAACCAGGCCAACCGUCAUCUAAUGAAGUACAUGCAACUUCGACUGACCCAAACUUCUAUUUUGAUGAUAUAGUGUAUUUUAAGGAGGAGAAUUGCAUUAUAUCAAAUUGUAGCAAUCAUUCACCUGAUAAGUGUAGGCAGUCAAAAUUCCUGCUUUUCCCUGUCAGACCAGAAUGGAAGGAGAUCAUAGCAAGCCAGGUAGACGAAGAGGUGAACCUAGACCAGGAGGAUGUUAGAAUCUGCGGCAAGCACUUUGCCGAACCGGCAGCAGAAGACCUUGCUCCAAGUCUCUUCGGUUUCGAGACUUUAAGGGAGCAUGCAGGUAUUCCAUUUAGAGCACAGAAGUGGUGUUGUAUAAAGAACUGUUCCAACGGGUAUCAGAAGUACAGUGGCACAACGACAUCCAUCAGGAAACCAGCGGUCUAUUAUCCGCUUGCAAAACUUGCUGAUGAUGAUGUUGGAAGAUCACUAAUGAAGGAUUUGUUGGCAAAGGUCAAUGGUAUUGAAGAUCACUCGUCCUUUAUUUGUCAUCUACAUCUGAAGGUACUACAUAUAGAUGAUGAAGUAACUGAUGCAGCAAAUUCCAAAAACAAAGGAAAAAGUACGAUACGAUACACAAGUAAUAAAUAUAACAUUAAGCUGGAUUGUAACUUGGAUACAACAGAUAAAUCCUGUUGCAUAAUACCUACCUGUGUAUUUGCAGACAAAAGAACAGUAUAUUCAAUGGGCGAUAAACAAUGGCGUCCAUCAAUGUUUCCAUUCCCAUCCCUGCAUCGGCAACCAGUUCCGAGGAUGAUAUGGCUUCGUCUUGUGAGGGAAGCGAUGCCAGAGGACCUGAAGCAAUUUUGUCCUUCCGUGACCUCAAAGCUAUGUGGGCUGCAUUUUCCUGAUGGGAAACCUACUUUGGCAAAUCCAGACCCUACACGUUUAGAAAAAAGAAGUAUAUUCUCGCCUGAACUGGAUAUCAGUCUGGUAAAAUCCCAGCAGAAAGAACAUGCUUUUGAUUUAUCAACUUCCACAGCGAGUGAUGCACUAAAAAAAGCUGUUGAACUGAGGGGUCUAGUUGAAGAUAAACUAAGCAAUACGAUCCAUUCCAAUGCAGUGAAGCCUUCUGUUGCCCAUGAUGAAAUUGACAUCGAAAGUGAUGAUGAUUUGGACAAUCGGCUGCAGGAGUGCCAACAACUGAUGGAGGAGGACUCUGAAGAUGAUUCAGAGGAGGAGACGGAUGAUGCCUCGGAAAAUGAUUCUGAUGACGAAAUGCAGGAAGGGAGCGACAAAUCCAAUUGCUCUUCCUCACAAGAUAGUUUUCAAACUAUGGGUAGAAAAUUGAAAAGAUUUUUUAGAUAUAAAGACUGGAUCAAUGCUAUGAGGGUUUUGGAAAAGAUUACUGAAAAUUUUAAUGAAACAUUUGUGGGGACUGCUGAUGAGGAUAGAGUGUUUGUGUCUGUCGACCGAAAAGGAACUGAACAAAAUUGUACCAAAGAACCUAAAACAGAGGCUUUACAAUAUGUCAAAGAACAUUUUCUUCAGGAACAAGAUUGGUCUCAACUUGACCUCAUGCUGAAGCAUUUUGAUAUUAUAGAAGACAUGCCACCAGUGGAAACGUCAGAUGAGUCUGAUGCCAGUAGUGAAGAGGAAGAUGAGGGAUCGGAUGCAGCAGAACGGUCCCUGUUGCUGAGCCUGUCAAAGAAAUUUAGGUACCACCUUAAGUCGCUGGAGUGGACAAAGGCAGACAAGACUCUGAACAGAGUAACGCUGGUGUUUUUCGAGGCUGUGAUUAUGGAUAGUUGUUCUUCCAAGCCUGGAAAGAAAUUAAAAGAGGAAGUUUCUAGAAGACAGUCUUUCAAGACAGCAGAACUCAAAGCUGUAGAGCAUCUUAGGAAACAGAUGGAUUCAAUCAACGAGCAAAAGCUAAUGAACGAAAUGUUAAAACUGUUUGGCAGACAUUCAGCUGUUUCAAAAUCUUUCAUCAGCCCUGCAAAUGUCAUACAUACGCCAUUACGGAGUGAAGUACAGCACCAACCUGCUUUAAAACCAAAACUUCAAACUUCAACAAUUGCAAUAAAGCCCUCUGUGGCAAAAACAGCUGGUCCAACAUUUCAAAGUUCACAACUCAUGAAAGAAAUAAAAGCCAUGGAAUCUGAACUUAUGGUAGCUGCCAGUAAGGUUGAGGCCAAGAAAGUUAGCGACAUACUAAAGCAGAUUGGUAUACGACUGAUAGCAGUUGACAAGAAAAUAAGCAUCCAACAAGUGGAGAAAGAUUAUGAAGAAAUAUCAUCACCUAUGGAAUUGAAACAGAAAGCCUUACAGUACUUAAAACAACAUGGAAUUCUUUGUCAAGUUAAAAAUGAAAGAAACCAAACCAGCCUCUCCUCAACACCCACUAAACAUCACACAAGACAGACCACAAUACUACAUGACACUAUCAAAGCUAUUGAGACCCCCAAAGAAAACACAAAUGUAGUGAUCUACCAAGAAGUAACAUCAGGUGCAGACCAUGUUGCCACUUCUAUGGAGCAAGGUGUAAAACGUAAAUAUGCAGAUGAACUGCAGGUGGAUAAGAAUGCUUUGCAGACUAUAUAUGUACAUUUUAACAUUAAACCGCCAAAGAAAAGAAAAAAGAUGAAAACAAGCAUUAAUGGAAGCAAAACCCUUACAGCAAAAAGUAGUAGUAUAAAUGAUGACACAACAGCCCAGCAAUUUAACCAACCAAUUCCAAUGGAGAAAAAUGUGCCAAAUAAUGAGGAAACAGUAGUGUGUUUUGAAAGUGGAUCUCAAGACUGUCAUAUUAAGGAUUUUCAGGAUAACAAAGAAAAAUUAAAAGGACAAAAUGAUGGUGGCAUUGAAAAGUCACAGGAGGAAUUGUGCAUGGAUACACAUGAGAAUAUGAAACAUUUGCAGAACGACAAAGAAACAUUAAAAGAACAAGAUGAAGUUGAUGUUGAAAACAAUUCACAGGAAGAAUUGUGCAUGGAUACAGAUGAGAAAGAUAUGACACAGUUGCAGGAUGACAAAGAAACAUUAAAACCACAAAAUGAAGUUUGCAUUGAAAACAAGUCACAGGAAGAAUUGUGCAUGGAUACAGUUGAGAAUGAUCUUAAACGGGAAAACUCUCUUGAAGAUAAAAGUAUAGAAAAUCAUUUAGAAGCUAACCUAAAAGAAGAUGAACUUAGCCAAGCUCCAAAAGUCAGUCCAAAGAAAAGUAUUCCAGAAGAAUGCCCAGAGAAAAAAACUAUUAUACAAGAUUUGGAAAAACAUGAAGAUCACCAACUUUCAGAAAUAGAAAACCGAACUGAAGAAGCAAAUGUUGAAACAACUGAUAACAGUAAGGAUAUAAGUUCUGAAAGUAAAAACAAGAAAUUUGAAACCAUUUUAGAUUCCAAAACUGGUGUCUUUACAAAGCAAGAUGAUAUUAACAAGGAUGUGAUGAUUACAACUGUUCCUGAUAAUGAUGACAAAAAACAUGAAACAAUUUUAGAUGCAAAGACUGGUGCUUGGGUAAAGCAAUUAAAAGACAGUUCUGAGUUAUCUGUGAAUAAUUUCAAGGAAAGUUCAAGCAAAGAAAUUGAUAAUGUGUCUGGAAUUAUCUGUGAGGACAUUCAGUACAUAGUCACCUUUGAUGCAACUAAUUUUAAGAGAUGGAAACUCCUUACAAAAGGUGAACUUGAAAUUACGGAAGAAAAUAUCAUUGAGACAAAACCUUCAUCGCCAAUUCUUUCCAAUGUCAUCAAAGGUGCAAUAGAUAGUGAUCUACCAUCACUUGUUUACCAAGCAAAAUCAAGUGGAAAACAGCUGACAUCUGUUGACCAGAAAGUCUCAAGAAAUGAGAUCAAUGCAGAUGUGAAUGUUGACCAGAUUCAACCCAUUGACAAUGUUUCAUCAAAUGUAUUUGAAGGCAUGGCAAGUGGUUAUCCAGGGUAUACUGCAUCUACCACUCUACUGGUGAAGCGAAUACCUGUUUUUGCAUUUUAUAAUGAGUUCCGUCCAUGGUUGCUCUUUCCUUUUGGAAGAGCCCUGCGGAAGUUGCUUCUCUGUACGCCUAUUAGAAUGGGCAAUCAAAAAGAUAAACCAACAAAAAGUGAUGAGAAUCAAUUUGUAAUUGACUUGACUGAUGUAGAAAUGAAGAAGGCUGUUCAAGAAUUAGCAAAAGUUCUUGGAAAAUGGGAAAAAGUUAAAGAUGUUAAUACUUACUCUGAUGGUAUUAAAGUUGUUGUGAAUGAUUUGUUGAAAACAUCUGAAAGUGGAAUAUUCUGGAAUAUGUUUGUUGAAAGCUUUAUAGAAGCUGUUGAUAAAGAACUGCCAAACAUUAUUGCUCAAUGUGAAGAGGAGAUAAAAAGGGCAAAGGAUACAAAGGAAACAAAAUUACAAGUUGUGGCAAAGGAGAGUGGUACUAAUCCACCCCCACCACCUCCACUGAAGCAUGGGCCAAGUAUGCAACCCAAAGGAAAAGUAUCAACAUUUUCAAGCAUGCCAGAAUUAUCACAUUGUUCAAAUAAGCAGCCCUCCAUUGCAAUGCCAACACUGAAACCAGGUAUUUCCAGUCAGAUACAACAGGGACAAGGUGUGACAAUCUCCAUGCCACCUAGACUUGUAGGCCCAUUUACUUCCAACCGAACAAUUUUAAACAAAGGCACUACAGGGCAACAAGUACAGACUCAACCACCAAGCAACAUGGUUAGUGUAAAAAUUUCAAAUUCAAAUAUUAUAUUAUUACCAACUUCUCAGGGCAAAACACAGUUUGUCGUUGGGAAUUCACCUGUAACAACUGUCAAUGCACAACCAGUUUCACAGUCACAAGUUUUCCAGAUUAACUGUGCAUCUAAUCAAACAUCAUCUACCUCUGGUGGAAGUCCAAUCAUUCUAAAUCAGUCACAACUGACAAAUGCAAAAGUAACUCAAAAUCAAGUGAAGUCUGUAUCUGCUGGACAAUCAGUUAGACAUUUGAUGGUACCAGUGACAGUGCCUGGCUUACAAAAGGGCUAUGUCAUGUUUGUUCCACAUACUGUGAAUCUUAGUACAACAUCUCAAACUCCAGUUUCAACUGUAUCUAGUUUAACUCCCUCACCUGCUGUUCAGUCAAAUACAUCUCAGCCAGUAUCUUCAACUAUUCCUUUGGUACCUAAGCCACAAGAUGUAGAUGCUGAAGAUAAGCAAGGAAUUGAUAAGAGGAAAGAGUUAAUGACUGAUGAUAAUCUAAUCAAAUCCAAAAUGAAUCCAGAAAGGACUACAUCCUCCAAUUUAAGUGAGAGUAUUUUAUUGCAAAAGAGUCAGAAUUCUGCCAUUACUAAAUGCACAGAAAACCAUAAUAAAAAUGUACAACUAGACAAUAAUGGUAAGCAGAUAAAUAGAGAAAAUUUAAAUGACCAUGGCAAUGAUGAGAUGGAAGUUGUGUACCAACCAGAGAAGCUCUCGUCAAUUUGUAAACAGGUCCUGAAGAAAAUUAAUAAUGAGGAAGAUUUGAGUGAAGCAAGCUUACAUGAUGAAGAACCUGAUGAAGGAUCAGGUUCAUCAAGUGACUCAAAUUCACCACCAGAUAAGCCAUCAAACAAUAAUGGUACUCCAGAACAUAAAAAGUCAUCAGAGAAAAAGCCUAAUACAAAACCAUUUCAACAUGAUGAGCGAAGCAAUGAAGGUGAAACAAACCUUUCAGUAAAUCAUAUGAAGUCAGAUCCUGGACCAUCUUGCAUCUCCAAAAGUACUUCAUCAAUUCUACAGUUACUUUCCACACCUUCACUGAUUAGCAAUGCAUCACCAUCUUCUGCUUGUUACGCACCAGUUCAACAAUUCAAAGAUCCGAUGAUUUUCAUUAAUCGAGUUGUGCCUGGACAGGCUGCACCACUACCCUUUCUAGUCAUGCAGACACACAAAAAUCCAAGGCCAUUGUUGAUGAAAACUUCAGAAGAUGGACAAAGAGAUAUAACUGCCAUAUCACCUAUUGCUAGCUCACAACUCUUCAAGGAAUCCAAAAAAUUGAAUGUUCCUUAUUUGACUCCCAACAAAAAACAAGAGACCUCAUCAACAAUCAGUAGCGGUAGUAACAUUUCAAACAGUAUGGAUGAUAUUAAGAGCAGUGACUUAAAAAAAAAUACUACAAUUCCCAGAAGUGGAAGCCUUCACUUAGAGUACCUCAAGUUUUGGAACUCUCAGUUUCAAAGAUUUGAAGAUCUUGGUGUACAAAAAUACAAAGAGGAAUGUAAGCUACAUACAAAACUCCACCAGCUCUUGUCAAUUACUAAGCGUAUACAUAAUCACGUCAGUGACAAAUUCAACAGAAAAAAAAGUGACGUACAUGGAGAUGAUCAGACUAAAUAUGAGACAAUGCCAGUCAAAGGAACUCUAUCUCCUGUGUGUUCCGACAAAGCUCAAUCCUCUAAACAACUUUCAGGUGAUGGAUCCACAUUAGAAAUGCGAAGUGUUGGUAAAGAGCCAGUUGAGGAAAAGUAUAUAGAAAACAAAUGUAAUGAUAGCUCCUGUGUGGAAACCAAAGAAUUGGAAAAAAAAGACAAGACACUUGAUGAUGAUAAGAAUAUUGUAACUGCACCUGCCAUUUUAAAAAAUGAAGCUGAUAAUAUUCAUACCUUCCCUGCAAAUUCUACUUCAGAAAGUAAUCAAAGUGAAGAUUGUGACAAGAAGAUAAAUAAUGAUGAAAAAUGCACUCCAGACAAGGUGUCUACCUUGAGUAGUUUAGUAAUUUCAGCAACAGUUGCAAAUGGCAGUAAUGAAAGAACAAGAUCCACCAGUGAACAUCCACAAAUUGUCUUGGACGAAGUUGACAAAAUUAGCAAUAAUUUGCACCACCCUAAUAACCUUAACCCUAAUAAUAGUUUGAGCGAUUCAUUGUGUGACACAAAAAAGGAUCUUAAAGAAUUAUGUGAUAGUGGUUGCACUUGUAAUGUGGUACAAAUGUAUGUUUGUGACAACUGCUUGGAAGUGUUCUCAAGCAUGGAAGAUCUUAAUAAGCAUGUGAUUAUCCAUCUAUCAACAGAGAAAGUUUUACCAAUGUUCAGUUGUGAAAGAUGUGAAUUGAAUUUCACUUCGAAAAAGGCAUGUGAUUGCCAUAAAGAGUCACAUGAGGAUUUAAAGUGGAAUCGUUGUUCCUGGUGUGGGAUGAUGUUUAACCUGGUAGAAAAUCUUGAAAACCAUUUGUUGGUCCACUAUGAUGUAAACAAUGAACAGAUUUAUGAAUGCAAGUGUAGUAGAUUAUUUAUUGGACUUAAAACUAUUAGGAUGCAUAUGGAGGAUCACUUUCCAGAGAAGACAGACAAGAAACAUCAGUGUAACCAAUGUACAGCCAGUUUUCACUUUGUCAAAAACAUGAAAAAACACACGGAAGAUGUCCACAACAUGCCUUCAGAUCGUUGGUUGAAUGUGCACUGGAGAUGCCACAAGUGUUUAAGUAAUUCUACUAGUAUUCACAGGUUAAAUGCUCAUAUGGAAGAUCACAAUGACAAGACUGAAUUUACUUGUGGAAAAUGUCCAAAAUCAUUUCAGUAUUUUUUGGAUUAUAUAAUGCACUGUAUGAACCAUUGUGAAGACAGAGUCAGUUCUAUUUUUAAUUGUCCAAUUUGUGAUGGUCUUUUUGGGAUAGACAUCAAGACUCAUAUAAAGCAGCAUUUAAGUGGGAUGAAGAAAUGUCAAUUCUGUCUUCGAUUCUUUGCUACAUCUCAUGGUUUGAAUAAACAUCUUACUGAAAAACACAAAACAAAAAUUGCUGAAAAGCAAAAAACGAAAAUUGCUGAAAAGCACAAAUUUAAAAUGAAUACUGAACAUACACCAACUCCCAAUAACAGAGAUAGUGGUGCUGCAGAUGCUGUUGAAAAACCUUUGACAAACCAAACCAAACCAAAGAGUGCAGAGUGUAAAGAGGGUCAGUAUUGCUCUGUGUGUGGAACCAAGCUCGGUAUUGGAAACUUUGACCAUCCAAUCUGCAGCACUUGUGCUAAAGAUUGCCUUGACUGCCCAUUUACUUGUGGUGCUAAAUUUUCCAACCAGAGACAUCUGACUUCUCAUUUAGUGGCACAUCAUAUGGAAAGAAAAAAGCAUGACCCAUUGUUAUUUGUUUGUCCACAUUGUCAAACAUCUUGUAGAAAUGCUGGAACAAUGGCACUCCAUUGGAUCAAACACUGCACAAAAAACAAAAAACGACUUGAAAUGAAUAACAACACUGAUAAGUGGUUAGAAAAGAUAGAAGUACUUGAAACAAUACCCGCAUUGCAAAUUUUCAGGAAGCAUAAAAAGAAAAAGAGAAAACAUGUUGAUCAUGAUGAUGAAACUUACACCAAAUUCAAGAAAAAAAAGAAACACAAAAAGAGUAAAAGGAGAGUUGGACAUAAAGUACCACAGAGACCCUAUGUGAAACUGGAUUCACAUAAAAAACACAGAUAUAAGUAUUCUGGCCUGGAAUCACACAAAGAACAUAAAAGUAUGUAUUCUGGUCUUGUGCCGAAGCUAUCACCAAGACAGAAUAAACAUGAGAUUACAUGUGGCAGUGAAGUGAAAUGCCCUGCCAAUUAUAGUAUUACAGCAGAACCAACAAAAAGGAAUCGGAAAAAGAGAGUAUAUGAGGAUAUGAUUGCAAUUCCCCGGUCUGUUCUCCUUCCAAAAUUUCCAGUGAAUAUAGUGGGCACUAAGCAACAUUUAAUAAAAGAUAUGGUGGACGAUAAUAUCAAAAAACCAAGAAGGACCUCUCGUAUUAGUAAACCAAAAGAAUUUCCAGAUUAUGAAGAAGAUAUUGACAAAGCUCUUCGUAAUAAUCAAGCCUUUAAAAAACAGAAAGUGGAGACAUCCAAAUCACAAAAAAAGACUAAUGCUGUUCUUAAAUCUGAGAAGGAAACUGUAAAGCCAACCAAGCCAAAUAGAACAAGUUUUCCUGUCACUGAUGAAGAAAGUGAUUCUGAUAUUGACGUUUACGAAACUCAUCAAGAAUCAUCACCGGUGAAGGACAGAGUCAGACCAUCAAAUCUAAGACCAAGGAUAAACAGCGGACAUAAGUGGGAUCUAUUUCAUGUUGACACAAUUCUCUCUACAAUUGACAAGUUAAAAUUACGACUUGGGAGGAAAAACAGGUCAAAGGAUUCAGAUGUGAAUAAGAAACUUCUAAAGAAAGGAAAACUUCUUCAAAAGAAAAUUUUACAGAUGAAAGAUGGAAAAUGUAGCCGAAAGAGGAAUGUAAAAAUCUUAACUACCCAGCAGAUUGUUGCACUCGAUCAUUGUUAUCUAGGACUUCCAAAAUUUAUGUCAAAGAAGAAAAAAGGUCCUGUUUAUGCUGCUCCAAUUGAUCAUGAUUAUGUUAUUGGACCUAGAAUGGAUCCUUCUUUAGAAGCUGAAAAGGAUUUGGCUAAAAAAAGAAAUGAGUCAAUGGAAGAAAAUAAAGAGUUGACAAAAGAAAGAUUAAACAUGGCUUCUAAAGUCAAAAGCAAGAAAUCACCCAAAAGGGAAGAUCAACUGUCAGCUUCUGCUCAGAUUUCCCAGAUAGCCGCUUCCCUGAAAAAAGACUCUACUUUCCGCCCGGAAGAACGCAUGGCAGGUGAAACUGAUUUUGAUGACAUUGUCCAAGCACUACUCGAUAUUGGAUGCAGUACUAGUGGGAGUGAACAUGACACAGAUGACAGAGAUUUGCACAAUGUGACUGGUGAAAGUAAUUUAGACAAUGACCUUGUAGACUUUCUUGCUGAUAUGGUCUCCAUUGAAGAAAAUGAAAAUAAUGAAGAAGAAGGUGAUGAUAAUCUGAUGAAUGUAGACUUAUCUAUUAAUGAUUCGGCAAUUUUAGAUGGACUGUCAGACUUGGAUGGCAACACAUCUGGUUCACAAGAGCAAAUUGAUUGGAUUCCAAUUGGAAACAUCCAGCAGGAUGAAGAGGUCAACAUGUCAAAUGAAAAUGAAACUUUCUUUCAAAUUUCCAACACAAUUGAUAUUUUGUCUCAGGAGCCAUGUUGUGAAGAUAACAAGAACCAGUUAAAUCUGAAGAACAUUCCAGAUACUCAAGAAGAAGCAUUUGUUUCGAAUUUGCGGCCUCAGGAUGUUGAACAUGUUCUUGAUAUUAUUGCUGACAAGAUGGUUCAAAAUAACUGUAAUGUUGAAGACAAAGAACAACAAAUGCACCUUGACUUGAACAUUAACAAUUAUGCAGAUUCUGCAAAUUCAGGGUUGCAUUUCCCAGAUAGCUCUUCUGACAAACAGAAAGAAGUUUCUAAUUCUAAAAGUAACAAAGUAAAUAUAGACAAUGAACAAAAUCGUUACAUUAAUAAUGAACAUGAAUUGUGUAUUACUGAUGGUGGAAAAACUCUUGGAAUCUGUUCUGAGGUAUCACUUAGUGUUUCUACUGAUGAAACAUCAGAAUGUUCUCUUCGGGAUGAAAAGUUACUAAGUGUUUCUAGUAAUGAUGGAGCAUUAAAUACCAGAACUGAAGAAUGUUCUGUUCCGGCAGAUGAAAAGAUGAAUAAAAUAAAAGAAAUAUUUGGAUCAUUCCCUACCCAAAUGAAUGUAGAGAACUCUCGUAUGUUUGUUGACAUCCAGAAACCUGAAGAUAUAGAAAAAAAACAACUGAACAAUAUUAGUAAUUAUAUAAAUUCUACGAAUUCAGAAUUGCCAAUCCAAGGUAAUUUUUCUGAGGAUCAGUCAAAAGUUUCUGAUUCUACGAGUAACAAAAUUUAUGAAAUACACCAUGAACAAAAUUGUGAUAUUAUAAAUGAACAUGAAUCAGAUGUUUUUAAUGUGGGAAAAGAUCUUGGAAUCUGUGCUGAGGUAUCACUAAGUGUUUCUGCUAAUGAUGAAACAUCAGAAACUAUUAAUGAAGAGUGUUCUCUGCCAGCAGAUGGAAAGUCACGUUGUGUUUCUACUAAUGGAGCAUCAAAAACUAGUAACGAAGAGUGUCAUAUUCUUCCAGAAGAUGAAAAGUCACAUAGUGCUUCUGCUAAUGAUAAAGCAUCAGAAACUAUUAAUGAAGAGUGUUUUCUUCCAGAAGAUGAGGUAUCACAUAGUGUUUCUGCUAAUGAUGAAGCGUCAGAAACUAUUAAUGGAGAGUGUUCUCUUCAAGCAGAUGAAAAGUCAGAUAGUGUUUCUACUAAUGAUGAAGCAUUGGAAACUAGUAGUGAAAGGUGUUUAUGUAUUGCUGAUGAAAAGAUGAAUAAAAUAAAAGAAAUAUUUGGAUCACUUCCUACACAAAUGAAUAUGGAGCGCUCCUGUAUCUCAGUUGACGUCCAGAAAAAGGAUGGUGUAGAUAAGAUCCAAUCAGAAUUAUUGAGUGGAAGUACAGAAAAGUUGCGAGACAGUGGUGUGUUUAUGUUGAGUGAUAAUGAAGUAGAAGGUUCACAAGUUUGAUUAAUUAUAAGAAUGGUAACGAAACAUCUGUGGACUCUUAAUUAUCAAUACGAUUGUUAACAAAACAUUCAUAGACUUUUAAUUAUCAAUAUCAAGAAUAACAAAAAAUUGUUUAGAUGCUGGCUGAUGGAAAUCUCAAUUUCAGUUAUAUAUUUAUUUGGCAGAAGUGUCUAUUAAUAUAAAUCAUGCUUUUACAGGGUAUGCUUAUGUUCCAUUUAAAACAUAAGUGUUCAUUACUACUAAAGUUUUCAAAGAAGCACCACCACUAUAGAGUCCCAGUUUUUGCUAUUUACCACAAUGAGAAUUCCAAUUAUUUGGGUUAUACAAAUGGUAACUUUUCAUAUUUUUUGUAUUAGUUCCUUCAAAAACAACCAAUUUUCAUAUAUCUGAAGAAGUGAGAAUUCUCUUUUAUAACCUGGUUAAUUGGUGAUGGAAGGAAGUAAUGGUAUGCUCAGAUUAUUAGAGAGAUUUCAUAACCUUACGAAAAACAAUAAUGAAUAAGAAAACUUCAUUAUCAUCAUCAUUGACAUUCUUGAUAUAUGCUGUAGAAGCUGAAUAUGGUCCCUGCUUCAUGCAUACAUUGCUUCACAUACGUUGUGACAAAUAUGCUACUGUAGUGAAAGGGUUGUCUAAAAAUUUGAUGACAUAACCGUAAUCUUAAUCGCUUUCGUAAGCUAUUGUAGUUUGAGUACACAAACAUAAUUGAUGUGUGUUAUUAUUAUUGGAGUGACAUACUGUAUGAGCAGCCUUGAACAUCAUGGCAUUUGACUUUUUAGUAGUAAUAUGCAAUGCAGUUACUAACCCCGAAUCAUUACUAAGUUGAUUGAUGAUUCAGGAAUAAUUUAUGUAUAUUUAUGGUUUUGAUAAAUCUCAGUCAACAGUUUAGUGAUGAUAGUUUCUAAUUAUUUUUUUUGCAGUUCUUAGUAUAUUCAAAAAUAACUUCUUUACCAUCAGACUAUCUUUAGAUAAUUUCAUGGUUUUACCAACUGGUGAUUAUCCAUCUCAUGAAGAUGGAAUCACACCAAGGUUUUGCAUAACUGAUUGAUUAAAUUUUACAUUUAACCUUUAAUAUCACCUAAUUCGAGGUUCUAUGUUCCAACUUUUAGACCUCCCCACACAAUAAAAUGACUUUUUCUGCAUUUGAAAUAUUAGAAAGUGGGGAAAAAUCUAGUGAUUGUUAAGACCAGUUAUUCACUGGUCAGCUUGCAAUGUUUGUAUUUGCAUUCAUGGCGUUGUUUGUGUUUGUUUCCUCCAGGCUGUAAGCAUAAGGAUUUGGAGAUUAUUUGAAAUAAUCAUUGUCAUUUUGUAGUGUGAUUAAAAAAAAAAAAGAAUCUGAAA